UUUGUUGUAUUUUUACUUUUUAAUAUAUAGUAAUAUACAGUGAUAAAUAUCCUCUUUUGGAACAUUUAUUUCCAAAAGCAUUGUCUCAUACAGAGGACCUAGAAUUACGCACUCACACGCCGUGUUAUUUUUACCCACGUUCACCCAAAAAAUGUAAACGCGCCCAUCAUUUACCCACCAUCACGAUCCGUACCCGCCUGACCUCGACUCUUCUGUUGAACACAAAAAAAACCAGACGAUUCGAAGAAUCUCUCUCUAUUGUCUUGUUUCCAUGAAAUUAAAGUCAAUGGUUUCCGAUAUUCUUCAAAAGAUGAGGGUGCCCCCACAACUUUAAGGGCGAACCGUCCCUUUAAAAGCAUCUAUACAUAAAAGGAAGGUGAACACCGAAUGCAGUCAGGAAGAUUAACAGCUAAUGUUCAGGCUGUGAAAACACACGGAUUCCGAACCCCUCUAUAAUCUCUAUCCGGUUAAUUAGUGUAUUGAUCACCCAAGCAGCGAUCCAAUUUAAAGAUCUGAAAUUCCUAUAUUUGCAGAGCAGGUUUACACAACGCACGCAAACUCAUUUAAAUAAUUCUAAACAAAAGACCAACCAGUCGUCGCCUCUCAUUAUGCAACAGUGCUCAGUCAUGCUCCUGGAGGCCCGUGUAAAAGAUCACUUUUGAGCUCAUCUCAGAUUCUUCCCUGGUACAAGAGCACCUGGCUCAUAAGCUGCUAAUUUUGCUGCCAGAUGGCACCUCUCAGAGAACACCUGCUUCAUCAUCGGGAUUCCUUUACGUUGCCGAAACUCUGUCUGCUCGAAUAGUAAAAUGAUUGUAAUAAUUUCAUAUCCUCCUAUUAUCCCAUUUUUCGCGAGAGCAAACGUUCGUGCCUACAAAUGUGCGAUGGCUCUCUGCCAAAACGUCUCCCUGGGUCACCCUCGGUGUCUCUGUGCGGUGACAGUGUCUGUCAAACAGCAUUAUAAACGCUUUUGUUUGGGGGCCGCUCGUCACCAUUUCUCACUCACCCUGUCAGCGGUGUCACAAAUUUCCCAGGUGUCCGGUACUUGCAAAGCAUUUCACUUUUUUUUUACAUUUUUUUUUUUAUAGGUGUGUUUGACAUAGCGUGCCUCGUACGCACGUUCACACCUUCUAAACUGCGGGGGUUUCCUGCUGAAAUGCGACUACGCUUUUAAGCACUCGGCACUGAAAAUCCUCCCAGGCUCACAGGUGUGAGAUUCGGAGGGACACGAUGCAAAUAUUACGUAUGAAAAUUCGGAUUAUCCUGCCUGUGAAGUCGCACCGACAGCGAGCAAUUGCAAGUUUUUCGAUGCUUUGCGCCUUGCUUACGUCUUGAUGAACUCACGCCGCCGCUCUAAAGUGAUUUAAAGCAUUCAAAACAAAUCAGCGAAAACACACCGCUGAAGUUUAUUUUUAAACUUGAGUGACCUAGCGAUGACCAGCUCCUUGAGUCCAACUACAAACAAAUAAGUCUUUCUUUGUUUUGUCCUUACAUUCAGUUGAGCGCAUCCAGAAAUAUAAGCUAGGCAGUGACUCUAAAUUGGAUAGUAAUUACUGCCACGACAAAUUGGAGGGAAGCAAUCCAACGUAUUUUCUAUUAUAAGAUAGUAUUAUUCUUGGUUAAUAAUCCCUUUAUGCAUGAUUGAAUUUUGAUAGGCUGUCUGAAUGAUAAUUGCGCGUAAUAAACCAUUGCAUCUGAAGGCUUGUUAAGCUUUUGUGAUUGGACAUAUCAGUAAUUCUUAUUAAGAAUUGCAAAGCAGGUUUGGAUGUGUAAAUAUUACCGUUCGUCUGAAUGCCAGGGAAAAAGUACAACAAUUUUCCAGCACUUUCUUUUAAAAAACAAAGGUCCGGGUUCUCUUAAAUAUAAAGGCCAGCCGAAGGGGUUUUACAGCCUGACGUCAGAAGAGAAUGUUAUUUUCGGAAACUGAUACUUUUAAGCGAGAAUUAGAACAUUUAGGGAUCUUUAGAACUCUAUACUGUUAGAAUUUAGAAUCUUUAUUUUUAAGAAUGUUUACGUGAUUGAAAACGUCAUUAUAAAUAUAUGAUCAAAAACAUAUCCUUCAGAGCCUCAGCUUUACAUGUUUUUCUUUAGCUCUAUGUAGAUGCCAACUUUGUAUGAGGCAUGUUGGAAAAAUGGAUAGUGCGGUUAAUACAUUUAUAGCAAUAAUAAAAAUAGCAGUUAUAAUAACAAUAUAUUUACAUAUGCAUGCAUUAUACACAUUAUUAUUAUUAUUAUUUAAUAAAUGUACAAUAACAUGUUUUUAUUAUAAACUUAUAUUACGUAUCAUAUGCAAAUAUCUAAAUACAAAAUAAAAAAAAAACACUUAUAUUAGAUGUCUUAACUAUGUAUUUACAUCAGCAACAACAAAAAAGUAAACAUUUUUUGCUGCUUUUCAGGUGGGAUAUGGGUGACAGGUGACAGCUUUGGGUUGGUUUAAUGGUGGGCCAGGUGUAAGGUAUGGGUCAGUGGUGUAAAUAUAAAUUCAGUUACAGAUGUAAUCACACAUAGGUAUUUAAAAAAUAUGUAUAAGUACAAUGUAAAAACAUUAAGUGCAUUGUACCGAAUGUUACAUUAACUACACAGUAGUUAAGGCCGUUUAAUAUAAAGUAGGACCCUUGGUCUUAGAAAGUGUAAACAUUUAGAAGGCAGUCUGUAUUAAAUGCAGUCGUGUGUACAUUUCUGAGGGGGAGGACGCGCACAUACUUGCAGUCGGCCGCUUUGACUAAAGUGACAGCGAGACUUGUUACCGCCGAGGAUCGCCUUUCAGCCUUUUGUUUAAGCAGAUUUCCUCAAUGAGUUAAUGGACCAGAAGAGGGGGCGGUUUGGGGCUAGAGUAAAGUUAGAGGGAGGGUGAAUGUAAAAGAGGCGUCAAUAAACGUGUCAGGGACAAUGAACCAAAAUACGUCUCGAAUAAAGAGACGACAGAAGAGAACAGAUGGGGCGAGGUACGGAGGACCAUUUAGGACGCGCGUCGUCUUGGCCCGAACAAAGCGAAACAGGAAGUUGAAUUUAAUACGCACACGGACGUAAUCGCUUAAAUGUAUAUGGGUGUAGUAGUGUAAGAAAGCUAAAAACGUUUCAAUGUGGCAAAACCAGUUUUGUUUUUGGAGCGAAUGCUACGUUGGAAACGGGCCGCCGCGUGAUGGCGCUCAUGUAUUCGACUUCUUACUAAAUUGGCUUUGAAGAGUGGUAAUUAAAAAGACACAAGCUCGUUAAUGAGCAAUAGAACUUUUAUCAAUUAAGCACGUCGACUCGCGCUUAAAAAGCGACUCGCGAAGCGACGCGAACUCGUCGCCGACGUUGAUUAAACUUGGUAGUGUAAAAUUUAGGAGGCCUAAUAAACGGGCGAGCAUAAUGCACCUUUCUUGGAUGGUGCAGUGGGGACUGGUUUUUGGAAAUGAAAUAUGUCCUAUUCGCUUCAUAGAAAGAGAACAGCACACACAAUUCAUUAAGAAGAUAGCUUGUUAAUUAGCGCUAAGUUAACCUGAUUUCUCUUAAUUAAAACAUCUUUCCUCGUUUACGAUGUGGAUAUAUGCAGAUCUCCUGGGCUUUGAAUUUUCUACAGCAGCAGAUGGCCAGGCUGUGGAUAAUAGUUAACGCUCUCCGUGCCUCAGAUCCCUACAACGUGAGCUACCGACCUGGCAGGAGAUUAACGGACAGCCAAAUCUUAACAAAAGAAACGUUUAACCAUUUCUGGCCCGCACUGGAGAGGUGCACGAUCAGGGCAGGCCGGACUUACGACGGGGGUGUUUUUGUUGUCAAAUACAGGUCGAGUUAAAGGGUUGAUGUCUAGAUUGGGUCUUUCUUUAGGCCCAGUUGCCCGCGGGCCAAGUUCACGACAAGCAUGUCCUCCUUUUAUUUAUUUAUUUUUGGGUGUGGGGGGGGCACGUGACGGUUCAUUACGCGUCUCUGAACAGCUACGGAAAUGCACGCGCGCGCGCGCCAAUAGUUCGGGUACUUUUGGUUCUUAAGGGAGACAGUUGUCUCUUUGCAUUGCCUGAGAUCUGAGACACUUCAGGAAUUAAAUGGGGUUAGGAGGAAGAUUUGGUUAUUUUCUUUCCCCGUUGUGUUAUAUUACUAGAUUGAAGUUGAAUAAUAAGCAAUGAGUCAAACUGCACACCCUUCAUCUGUGGAGCUGUAAUUAACGGGAAAAAUGCAGGCGGUGAAAAAAUGCAAAUGAUUCUGCACAAAGGCUUCUCACAAAUUGGCGUCACCAUUUCUCAAAUUAUAUCAUUACUAUAUUUUGAAAAUGUUAAUCUGUUGAGCGGAUUUCCCGAGGGAGUUGAGUAAAUUAGUUCUAUUUCCGAACUGCCUCACUGCGAUGGCACGGGAGCGACAAGCACCUCUGAUUUGCUGAUUACAAUUAGACUCCCCAGUUUGGGCUCCUUCAAGCAUUGAUAAUUUUCGGCAUAUUAAGCACGUUUUAGCAAAGGUGAUAAGUCAGUUUUAAUUGAAAUGAAAUUAUUAUUCUAAUGGAAGUUUGGUUAUUAUUAUUAGGAGGCCGCACUCAUUUUAGAUUCCUUUUUAAUAUAUAAAUGCGGUGAGUAAAAAGAUUUUGAAGGGUAUUAGGGUGUCAGGAUUGAAUGAGGUAAUUUGAAGGGAAUUACUUUCCCUUCUAUCAGAAAUGAAGUGAAUUAAAAGUCCAAAUCAAUCGCUUUCACUUCUCCAUUCUACUUUGACAGCAGCACAAUUACAGAUAAUUAGAUGGAGGAAACUUUUAAUUGUAGGGAUUAAGAAGAGGGGGGAAAUUUUCAGGAUCAGAGAAAAUUUGGAAACAGCGUUUCCUGCCUGCUAAAAUCGAAUCAAAGGAUUUGGUUUGAAACACUAGAGCCACGUCUUUUUCUUUAAUUGGAGCUGCAUCUCGUCGUAUCAAAUCAUCCACAACAAUUAAUUUAGAUUUAAUUCUAUAAUUAUCAUCAAAUCGAAUAAUGUGCAACUUAAUUUAGAUAGUUAAAAAUUAACGCGCGUGAAGUUAAUUGAGUAAUUAAACUCCUCAGCUGUUGCGUAUUAAUUUGCUAGCCUAAUUAAAAAUGAAUUUGGUUUUAUGUAAUGUUAGUGAUGCGGGCGUCGGUGUUGGAUGGGCGCUUUGAUUAGUUUGUUUGGUUAGGCGUUACAUCUGAACACCUGCUGUUAAUGGGGUCAGUGACGUCUACUUGAUUGCACAUGCUCAUUUCCCGCCAGAGGCAUGCUUUCAGGGGUGGCUUUGGGUGGGUUCUGUUCGGGCGCACGCUCCACUGCGUCCUUUUUGACUUCAGAUAACUUCCUGUAACUGAAAUCCCACCUGCUAAUUAUAAGACAUCUCGGGUACGGUCGUUGGGUUUUUUUUUUAAGUUAUACGGCCGGGUUAUAUAACGGUUCCGGGCGUAUCCGGGGAAUGAGCUCGAGCUGUCUCAAUGUGGAGCAGUGUGCACGCAGGGAAUGAAGCGCAAUUGGAGAUAGCGGUGCACGCGUGUUUGUUUUGUGGAUGGGGUCCAGUCCUGGCUCCGUCUUUCCCCCUCAAAGUUGAUCUAAUAAAGUUGUUGACAUAUAAUGCGUGAUUAUUGGAAAACUAGAGUUUUUCCCUAUAGCCACCUUUCCAAAGUUGCACGCUUUUGCGCCACAGCAAGCGUUCAUUCGUUUUAUUUUGGCUUUAAGAUGACUGGAAUCUAAUUAAUAAAGCGGAGCACAACGAGAAGGGACGAACGUGCUCGCGUUUAAUAAACCAAAUCAGACGUCCAGUUAUCACUAUAGCAAUACGACAAUAUUACAUCGGCCUGUGCUCAAUAAAAGACAUUAUUUAUAAACGCGGCCCACUGAACGCUGCCCAAAUUGUGAAUGAAACUCCAGAAUCCAAAUAAAUGGCAAAUAAGACAGUCUAACAACGGCCCCGAAAGCACGUCGUGUUCGUCUUAUUAUCGGGUUAAUUAAAGCUAGGAUCUGACAAUGCCACUUGGUUGUAGAAAAACGGAUUUAAAUGCAGCGUCUCCCGGGAACGCGUGUCAAGGGCCGCUUUUCAUUGAGCUGAGAUCGCGCCAGGACGGGACCGCGCCCUGAACUGUCAAAGCUGCAAUUAUAGAAUUCUGAUGUUCAAAAAGGGAUCCGGAUAAACCGAAUUUAUUCAUACUUGUGUACAGUAUGAUAAAAUAAGUUUAAGGCACAAAGAGAAUAACACUCAAAGAUUCCUCAAACUUCUAAAAGCACUUUCUGUAAGAUAAAGGGAUAAAAGGCUAGAUCUUGAGACGUUUUUUAAAAGGGUUCAUUAAAAUUUAAACAUUGAAAUGCAGUGGGGUGCUAUUUGGGCUCGAGGUCAAGAGACGAACGGAUUAUAUAGUUCCUCAUAAUAAUAUUAAUUAAACAAUUUGCAUGCUAAUAAGGUAACAAUUAUCGGGGCCUCUGUUGAAAGAUUCGGGUUAUUACAACACGCCAAUCCGAGUGCCAAGGGUCAGGGAGUGAGCGGGGAGCCAAAUUUCAACUCAGAUUAACAUUAUGACAACUCUAGACACUGGCCAAAUAAAGUCGAAUUAAUUCUCUGUAAUGAGAGAGGGAGACAGGACGUCCUCUUAAAGCGGUGGGAUUGAUUACCAUUUUGCAUUCAAAAACAGAGUUCAAUUGCCUAAAUAUAACACAAAGUCAGAUCCACGCGUGAUGGUGUCAGAUUAAAGUGCCAUAUACUCUGUAGGCCACUAGAUUUAAUUCAUAAUACGAAACGAUAAACAAUUAUUACCUAUUUACCAUUUCGCUUUCUCGCUGUUCUUUUUGAUUUCGUUUCCCACGUUAGACAUUGUCAGAAUGCGCAAAAAAAAAAAAAAAAGAAAUCUUUCCAAUAUAAUAUUAAUUAAUACUCGAGGGAGAGCGGCUUGCAUUAAUAAACGAAUAUUGUUUCGGAGGUGUAGCAACUGUUGUAAGUUAAAGCAAGCAUGAUAUUAUACACAAUGACCACAAAUAAACCGCGCGCGAUUUGUACAUCAGCUGUUCGAAUGACAUUAAUUACACCGGAGCGCUAUGGCUGGGGAAAUAUAUCUAAUUUUCUGUUAAAUGUCGAGUGCCUUCUAAUUAGCUAUUCGUGUAAUUAAAAGUUCAUUUAUUCCUCCAGCAGCAUCGAGCGAGCAGAGCAGGCUCGCGUCGUCCCCGCUCUCCUUAUUUGUAAAGCGCUGCGUUAGGCUCGCGACGCUUCCGCUCGCAGCUCGGCGUUAAAUGUGACAGCUCUGUUCGACGCACACCUCCGACUUGACUUUUGACAAGUUGCCCAAGAAUCGCCACGCAGAUAAACAGAUUCUAUACCGGCGGCUUCGGUCGACCUGUCCACAGCGCGCGAGGGGUCUUACCUGUUCGCAUGGCAACAUUUCUACUCGGCGGGUCGGCGGCGCGGGUUUUGUGUUUGUUUGUUUGUUUGUUUGCUUGUUUGCUUGCUCGUGUGUGCAAAAGAUCGGAAACGAAUAGAGGGACGUUGUCUCAAACGGCGAUGAACGCGCCGCUCUGCGCGGCUGCGGUCCGAGGUGAGAUUUCAGUGUCUAUUUAGCGUUUAACUGGGUAUCAAAUCUGAUCGCUCUCCCUCUAAGGCCCCCUGUGUAGUCGUGAUGUAGUUCUUAUCAAAGCCCUCCUGUCUUGUUGUGACAGCUCUGAUAUUGUUUAUUGAGGUGGAUGUCAGGUUUAAUUAGCAAUCGAUAUGGAAAGCGUUUUCAGACCGCGUCUCUGACGUCAGCGCCGAUUAACGCUUCUCAUUGGUCUCAAAUUCCCAGAGCCUAAGCUAAUUAUUGGAAGCUUCGCGUUGAUAAAGAACAGCUCAUCCUACUCUCCACAUCAUGUCCCCUCCUCGCUGGCCACUCUCGCUGCAUGUUUUUUAAAUUCACAUCACCAACCACCAGACGUCGUUUCCUUUUGCCUGGGAGAUGAUGGACAGCAGGAUACUGGAUCCACCUCAUGCCCAGUUCGGAGGCUCGCUCGGUGGGAUGGUGAGCUUUCCGUACCAUCUGAGCCACCAUCAUGUGUACGAAUUAGCCGGUCAUCAACUUCAAUCUACGGCCGCGGUUCCUUUCUCGAUAGACGGAUUACUAAACGGCUCCUGCGCGGCUUCCGUGGUGAAUUCUAACCCUCUCUUGUCGUCUGGCUGCGGUAUGAAUGGAGAUAGCCAGCAGUACAAACUGACAGAUUCGGGGGAUCCAGAGAAGGAUAGCCCGGGUUGUAAAAGAAGACGAACUCGUACCAAUUUCACUGGCUGGCAGCUGGAAGAAUUAGAGAAGGCUUUUAAUGAAAGUCACUAUCCAGAUGUGUUCAUGAGGGAAGCGCUUGCUCUGAGAUUGGAUUUGAUAGAAUCGAGAGUGCAGGUAUGGUUUCAAAACCGAAGGGCGAAAUGGAGAAAAAAGGAAAACACGAAGAAGGGGCCGGGGCGACCUGCACACAACUCCCAUCCGACGACCUGCAGUGGCGAGCCAAUGGACCCCGAGGAGAUUGCGCGCAGAGAACUAGAGAGGCUGGAGAAAAAGAAAAGGAAACAAGAAAGACGGCUUUUAAAGUCCCAGAACAAACUCCUUCCCGGGGACUUAUUUCACACCCCAGGAUCUGACAGCGACAGCGGCUUGUCACAAAUAACGGACAAUGAACAAAGCCUCCAUUGCGACAUGGGUCGAAACCAAACGCAACCAAGCUGCGACCAAACACCACAGAAACUUCAGAACCAAAGAACCGCGGACCAAGACGCGAGCGGAUCCGAGCUGGACUCGUCCGACAGCGGUCAGCAGUCAAACCUGUGCUCCAACAGUAGGUCUUCCGCUCUUCAGAAACUCAACCCCUUCAGCGUGGAAAGCCUUCUGUCGGACUCCAGGCCGAGGCGCAAGCCGCACAUGGACUUCCCGGUGCCGGCUCCGCGGCCUUUGAUAGGGAAAGGACAUUUUUUACUGUACCCUAUUACACAACCUCUCGGUUUCAUUGUUCCACAGACUGCUUUGAAGAGCACGGCACCAGGCCCUGAUGCUGAUAAUGGCCAGAAAGGGCCGGCUGCCGACAGUACCUUUGCUGGAAACCUAGGACACAGGAACGCCAAGGAGAACAACAGUGUAAACAACAGCGGCGCGCGAGCAAUCAAAGGCCAGGUCAGUCAGUCAGGCAACAUAACGUGUUCACCGCAGAGCACUUCACCACAGACUACUGUUAACGGGCACUCGGCGGGCAGCUGUAACGAAAGAUGCCCACACGAUAUAGAAUUAGACCCCGUCGACCCAAAGUCUCCACAGUCGGAGAAAAAGGAGCAGUCGUUACCUGACUAUCCACCACAAAAUUCAGAAUCAGCGACGAGCACCAAGGACGCCGACAAAGACUCAGUUGACGUCGAUAUGGAAUAAACGAAACCGUAGUAGAAACCGAGGAGCGAGUCGAUAUUGCACGGCCGCAGAUUAAGCGAAAAGAGCGGGAAAAAAGUCGACGUAUCGAAACGUAUCGUUUUCAUUGACAUAUUUAUAUUCUGAUUAGGGGGAAAUAUCUGUGUGAAUAAUUUGUGUAUGUGUGUGGUGGGCUAUCAAAUGUUUAUUGAACAUAGCAGCAGCUCCCUGUAUAAGAAACUGUAAAAAAAAAAAAAAAAAAAAAUCAAAACAAGACAAAACCUCAAACGUUGUACAAAGUAUUAAGAUAUUUAUAUAUGU